GAUGUUCUUUCCCAAUGUUGUUACUCCAUUCUAAAGGCUGGCUGGUUGCAAGGACUUUCUAAAUGACAAAGUAAGAGACCAACUGUGCAUGUGCCGACUCUAGAGCAGCGUUUCCGGAAGAAGCGGAUUUGCGCUUUUAAGCUGAGGGAGCAGGAACUCUGAGCCAUGCAGUCCUUCCGAGAACAAAGCAAUUACCACGGCAGUCAGCAAACCUAUCCACCAGAAGCUCAUGGCACUUCAAGGAUAGAAGAGUACAGCCCUAGACAGCAGGCACAGAUGUUUCAAGGUAGCUAUGGUGGACGCCGAGGUGCAACAGGCACCCCUACUACAGUGACUCCAGGAGAAAAUUCCAGCCUACAAAGUUACCCAGCUUAUCGUAAAGAGUCUGGAGACUUCUAUUACUUGGGCAACAAGGAAGGAAGUGCAGCUGGGAGUCAGACACCCCAACGUCGACCUUCAGGACCUGUACAGAAUUAUGGACCACCACAAGGAAGUAAUAGUAGUGGUAGCACAGGCUUUGGGGCCCAUUAUGGGAGAGAGGGACAUCACAGCCAGUUUUCAAGUCAGCAUUCAGCAACUGCCAACAUUUCCCAAUACUCACAGGAUUUUCCAGGAUCAUUUUCUCCUAGUGGAGGACAGUAUCCAUCUCAUGUUCCUACCCAGCAACUGAGACAACAGCUUUAUCAGUCUCAUCACCCCAUUUCUUCUCAAUCUGCCAACACAUCAGCAUCUACUGGGGCAUCACAUCUGCAGCAAAUGCAGCGCUCUGCUGCAAUUAGCUCUUCAGUUGGAUAUCCGCUAAGAAUGGGUCAGUAUGGGCAACAUUAUCAGUCUUCUGCAGGGUCUUCUACUUCCUAUCCCCCUCAGAGGUUUGGACAAUCUGGAGCAAACUAUGAAGGCUACAGCCCAGGAGGUACAAACUCUCCAUAUGAGAGUCAUAUAUCCGGAUCGUCAUAUGGCACCCAACAAGGGUUUAGCAGUUACAGCCAGCAUUUAAAAAACUUUGAAUCAACUAAAAUUGCACAGGGGGGGAAUCAGGGACAGCCACAGCAGAAUCCUCAUGUAAUGCAAUUCUCAAACACUUCUAAAUUAAUAACUCAAAGCCAAACAGGACCGUUCAACCAGUCUGAAGUUCCUGUGCGAUCACCUAUGCAGUUCCAGCAGAAUUUCAGCCCUAUCUCCAACCCAUCUCCAGCUGCUUCAGUUGUGCAAUCGCCAAGCUGCAGUUCCACACCCUCCCCUUUGAUGACUAGCGGGGAAAAUCUUCAGUGCAGUCAAGGAAAUGUACAACACCCAUCCAGAAAUCGUAUAUUGCCAAUGAUGCCCCAACUGAGUCCUAACACACCAAUUGGGAGUUAUAAAAGUUUUGGAGUGGAAGGUCAACCAGAUAAACGUUUAACAGAUCCAGGUCUGAGUAGUCUUAGUGCACUCAGUAGCCAAGUAGCUAACUUGCCUAACACGGUUCAGCAUAUGCUACUUUCUGAUGCUCUGGCACCUAAUAAGAAGGGGUCUAAACGAACUUCUAGGAAGACGGACAGCUGUGCCAAUUCGGAAACUUCAUCCCAAGCUGAAGAGCAACUAAAGUCUCCAAUGACUGAGUCUUUGGAUGGCAGCUGCUCUAGUAGCUCAGGAGAUCCAGGUGAAAGGGUAAGGCAGCUUAGUGGACAGAGUACCAGCUCAGAAGCAGGAUAUAAAGGACCUCCUUCAGAAAAGCCAGCAUCACCUGUCCAGGGUUGGCAGAAUGAACCUUUAGAAAAGUUAGCAGAUCAGGAUCCCGAUACAGUUUCUGAGCCUGUAGAGUCCUUCCAGGAAGUACCAAAGCCGAGUGAGAAGUCAGUGGGGGUAAUUGUUUCAAUGGAAACCAUGACAAACAGGUUAGAGAAGGUAGUUGAUGAAGUUUCGAAACCAGUUGAUGAUUUGCCAGUAGAGUCUAACUUGCCUAAAACUGAGGAAAAGGAUGACAGUUGCUCUAACAACCAGAAUGGAGAAUCUAGUGCUUGUGAUUCUGUGUCUGCUGCAACAACCAAUGUAUCACAAACGGAAUCUGUUAGAUCUCCUGGUUCUGGGUUUGGUAUAAAGGAAGCAUCCACAAGUACCAAAUUUGCCACCAAUUUGCCUCAAAACACAAAAAAUGUAGACAGUGCAAAUUUUGGAGCUCAAGGUGAUCGAAAACCAGGAAGAAAUGAGAAGAUUCCCAGCUUAUUACAGGAGGUCUUACAAGGCCAUCAUCAGCAGGAAGGAAGAUACGCAAGAAGCACACAGGAGCAUCCAGCAGGUAUGGGAAAUUCAGAAAUAGUAUUAAGAUCCAAUGUUCUCACAAGCCAGGCAAAUGAGCAAUCUAAUCGGAACAUUCUUGGGAAAAAUGCAGCCCCUCAUUUAGAAGCACCACACUGGGGUCAGUGGGAGAGAAAAUCUACUUUAGAAGCGAAACCGAAAAAUCUAGAUUUUCCUACAGCCAGAAAGUUUGAGGCAGAAGUGUCAACCUCAUCCCACGAAUCGAGUAGUGGUCCAUCUGAAAGAAGGUCUGUUAUUUGUGACAUCUCCCCAUUAAGGCAAAUUGUACGAGAACCCAGUGGUUCUCAUCUUCUUGGCACUGCACAAGAAAGGCCACCAGAUGGCAGACCUGGACUGUCAGUUAUCCUACCUAGCGGAAUGUUAGCCUUAGAAAAAACCAAUUGCUUAGGUGGUAUAGCCAAAGGAGAUGAUGUUGAGACCCCAAAAAUGCACAGAAAGCAAACAGGAGAGCACUGCAUGCUAUACAGCACCAAAGAUUCUAUCAGAGGAAGUGCCAGUCCAAGGUCUAUGACAUAUGAUCCAAACCAGGACUAUAAUUCCCACAAUAGUCGAGCUUCGAAUCCUAAAAGAGGGACUGGAAGGGUAGGCUCUAGAGGGAGAUCACCUGCACAAACUCAUGAUCUAAGUGAUAAGUUGAAAAUGUCUCCAGGCAGAAGUCGAGGUCCAACAGAGAUUCCUCACAUGAAUCCAACAGUGAGUCUUUCAGAGCGAGCAAGCAGAGAAGCUUUAUACUCUGCUUUUUUUCAGAAUACAGAUAGCUCUACCUUAGGUUACCAUACAAAUUCUAGAGCAAGUUCAUAUGGGGAACCUCAUCCAGCCUUCACUUCUCCUUUGCAUUACAAAAGACAGAUGUACCAACAAGAAGAAUAUAAAGAAUGGCUGGGAAGUUCAGCCCAAGCUAUACUGUCAGCCUCACAACAUCGUCAAGAAAUGCAGAGGAAAAGUCCCAGGCAGGAACCAUUCCAUGUUCGCAGUCCAGGUAGAAAUGAAAGUGAGGGAUUGGGUUAUAAUCAGUCAAGCUCAUACCAUAAACCCAGCAAAAUAGACUAUAGUCGACAACUGCGCAUGAGUGAAGGCACUUCCUCUAACAUGAUAAAUGUUGAGAUGAAACGAAAUAGCCAAAAGACUCCUUCUGGAGACUCUACUAGUUGGCAUUUGGUACACCAAGCUUCUCCAGCAAAGAAGGUAGGAUCUCCAGUAACUACAAAUCAGAAGCCAUUCAGCCCAAAAAGGGAAUCUGAUCCGCAUAUUAGCAGAUCUGUAGAAUCAACUGAGCUUCCGCAACAAGGUUGCUGUGUGCAUCGGCCAACAGGCUCUGAGGAAGCAUCACACCAUAACCCUCUAAUUAUGAGAAGAAGAGUACGUUCCUUUAUUUCUCCAAUACCCAGCAAAAGACAGUUUCCUGAUGAUAAAGUAAGAUCUUCUGCUUUAAAAGAUGGUGCUGAUAAAAUACCUUCUGCACAUGUGGUGUCACCAAUGGAUGCAAAUACUGUGUUUUCAGCCAUGACCGAAGAGUCAACCAAAUCUAUUUCUGAAGAGCGAAGUCACACUGCAGUAUCACUUUCAAGUCCAACAAAAACAAAAAUUCUGCCACCCCGCAAGGGAAGGGGCCUCAAGCUUGAAGCUAUAGUGCAAAAAAUUACUUCUCCUAAUAUUCGUCGAAUUACUACUCCGUGCACUUCAGAAAGUUCCACUGAACCUGUAACACUUGAUGAUAUUUUAUCACUUAAGGGCAAGGGACCAGAUGGGGGCAGUGGAUCUAUGCAAGAGGUGACAGAAAGAAAAGUCAAUGUUCUUCCCAGUAAUUCCUGCAAUGAUGAGAUGAAAGUAAAGGGCCUUUCACCAAAGUCCAUAGAUGUGUGGACUAUCCAUGAUGAUAAACAAAUUAAAAAGGAAAUGGAUGAACACUCAUUUGAAAAUAAAGAACUGCCACAGAGUUCAAGCAUAAUGCAGUCCUCAUCAAACCAUUUUAUAAAUGCAAGAGGAGAUUCCCCAGCAUUUGAACCAAAAUGCCCUUUACAACAAGUUCAGCCAUUGGAGUUGGGAGAUAAAGAUAAGCUUGCAGGUGGACCUUGUCCUGUUACUCCUAAACAGGAUGUCUCUAUACCUCCAAAAGGAUACUUUCCUUCUGGAAAAAAGAAAGGCCGCCCUGUUGGAAGUGUAAAUAAACAGAAAAAACAGCUUCAACACCAGGCUCAACAGCUGGAAGAACAGCAGCCGGCUCUGCCAACUAUUACAGGUGGGUUAACAUCUCCUCUCCCUGUUCCUCCUCCACCAGAAAUGCUGCCAAUUUCAGAGCAUGGAUUGGAGUCUGAGCUUAAACCAAAAAGAAGACGUAGAGAGAGGAGAAAAGCAGCAAGACGAAGAGGAAGGCAGACUACCCCUAUAGUUGCCCCCUUAGAACCAGAAAUCAAAUUAAAAUAUGCCAGCCAAACGAUUGACAAAACUGAGACCAAAGCAAAGUCUUUCUUUCCUUAUAUACAUGUGGAAAACAAAGAAGAAUUAGGCUUGUCUUGUGUUAUUAUCAAUGCAGAAGAUGAAGAACAGCGCUGGAAAAAACUGACAUCUGUACGCAAGGGCCAGAGGUCCACAUCACAGCCUACUGAAAGUAAAGCUCUUCCAGUCUCAAGCUUUAUGGUACAAGGACCAGUGGUUACAGAAUCCUCAUCAGUAGGACAUCUUGUUUGUUGCUUUUGUGGCAAAUGGGCUAACUACAAGAAUCUUGGGGAUGUGUUUGGUCCCUUUUACACCCAGGAAUAUGCAUCUACACUAUCUAAGAACCCACCACCCAAAAAAUCUAUCGAAACCCCUAAGAAAGUCAAAGUAAGGCACAAGGAUGCUUCAGAUGGCUCAAAAACUGAUUCGGAUGAAGAGGAUGAACCUCAGCAAGCGAGGGAACAACGUAGCUUGCCUGCUCAUCCUCGUUUUAAACGUCGAAAUCGUUCAGGAGACUGUGCCUCAUCUAGACAUGCUGUACCAUCACGCAGAAAGACCACUGACUCUUGUGAACUGAAUUCUUUGGACUCUAGUGGAACAUCAACUGCAGAUGGAGUCUCUGACCAAAGUUUUCAGAUUCCCCAACUACCUCUUGACAGCAAUGAAUUCUGGAUGCAUGAAGGAUGUGUCCUCUGGGCCAAUGGUGUCUAUUUAGUCUGUGGCCGAUUGUAUGGUUUGCAGGAGGCUCUUGACAUUGCCAGAGAAAUGAACUGUGCUCACUGCCAGGAGCCUGGAGCCACACUGGGCUGCUACAACAAAGGUUGUGCCUGUUGCUACCAUUUUCCAUGUGCCAUGGAUUCAGAAUGUUUACUGAGUGAAGAGAAUUUCUCUGUACGCUGCCCCAAGCACAAGAUGAAGACAUUAAAGGGUUUGUCAGCAGAACAGCCCGAGCAGAGCUGAAGUGG